AUGGAAAUUCAAUUAUUAAAAAGAUUGAAGUCUGAUAUUCAAUUACAACUAAAGUGGUUGACUUAAGCGAAGUUUAAUGUAAAAAUGAGCAUUUAAUUUACAAGAGUAUUGUAACAAUGAGAUCAUAGUGUAAGUAUUUGUAAGCCAGCAUUCGCGCCCUUGAAAUGUUAUAUUCAAAUUCAAUAUCAACACCUUAUUUUUAUUAAAAAUUAUAAGAAUAUGAAACAUUAACUUUUACUUUUGAAUUUAAAAGGGAAAGAAUAUUAAAGGCUAAAUAAUAAUUGUUAGGAGCUAUGUUGAAGGCAGAAGAAAAGAUAGAAGACCCUAAAACAAUUGUUUAAUUUAUAGCAUUAGUUGAAAAUUUGGUUGCUUUUGCAGAAAUACACUAUAUAUCAAUAAAAGAGUUUUCAAGAGUGAUGCAUUAAUAGUUGAAUGAAAAACCUGAGGUGAAAAUAGAAAUAAAUAAAAUAAAUGAACAUUUAGUAACUUUGAAUAAACUGUAAUUAUAAAAUAGACAGAUGCUUCUAAAGCUUCCAUUACACUAAAUGAAAUAGGAAGAUGAGGAUUCAAAUGUAGAUGAUGAACAACAGUAUUAAGAAUUAUCAAAUUAAUAAGAAGAAUAUACUUAAUAGACAGUAAUUAAAGAAUAAUAAGAAACUAUUUAAGAAAAUACUUAGAUUGAAGUAGUUUAGAAUAAUGAGAGUGUAUUAAUUAAAAAUUAGAAUGAGGAUAGAUAAAAUUAAUAAGUGUAAGUAAAUGAUGUGAUUCAGAAAGAGUAACAAAAAUAACCAUAAAAAAUAAAACCUGAGAUAUCGGUAAUUAAAGUAACAGAGAAGAUGGCAGUAAAUUAGUUUUAAAUUUAAGAAACUUUAAGCGAUGGUGUAUGAAAGCCUCUAUGGGGAAAAAAAGAAUGAAGAGUAACAGGAUG